GCGAGUGGGAACCGGGUCGUGUGCGCGUACGCUGUCAAGUAGUCCUCGCGCUUGCGCGGGUCGUUGUGCCAUGAAGCAGAAAGGAAAGAGCAAAAAAUGAACCAAGCAAAGCGGUACGCAAGGAAGGAUGUGGAGAUCCGAAGCUGAAUUGUAAUAUUUAUCUGCCAGGACCUUCACGGAAGGAAUCGGUCAAGAAAGCUUCCCUUGAACGUUGUUUUCUCUGUGCACGAAGGGGAAAAUAAUACAGCUAUAUAAAAGAAAACUGCAGUUCAGACUUGUACAUUGUCAGUAAAACGACGGAUUUAUUAUCCGUGGGGCUAAGGAGGACAAACCAAAGAUGCCGAAGAAGUUGCACGCAGCCCCACCACGCGACUGCCUCUCUGCCGUUAUGGUGCUGCUUGUGUUGCCCCGUUGUCUACUUCCUAUCUGGGCAGACAACAGCACUGCACCCAAGGAGGAACAGUAUAACGCUUUACUUAAGGUCAAUAUUUUGGACUCCAGCGGUAACAACCACAAAGUACUGAAGAUAGAAGAUGGCCGAUAUGGUCAAGAGUCUCCCAAAGCUGAAGCCAAAGGGGUAGUCAUUGCACCGGUUCCAAUUCACGGAGUUGCAGACCGGCUGGGCUGUGGUCCUCAGACACGUUUUAUUGUUCCACCAAAUAUCAAACAUUGGAUUGCACUGUUACAACGAGGAAAUUGUACAUUUAAGGAAAAGAUUUUGAGAGCGGCCAUGUUUAAUGCUAGUGCUGUUGUCAUAUACAACAAUAUAUCCAAAGAGGAGGCUGUCAUAAUGGCACACACAGGUACUGGAGAUACAGUAGCAGUGAUGAUUACAGAGUCCAAAGGAAAAGAAAUCUUGAGCUACGUGGAAAAGAAUCUUACUGUUAUCAUGUCUAUUGUGGUUGGAACUCGUGGUACACCGAAGAAUUUCAACCGUGGCUCAUUGGUUUUUGUCUCUAUCUCCUUCAUUGUUCUCAUGAUAAUUUCAUCAGCCUGGCUUAUCUUCUAUUUCAUCCAAAAAAUUCGCUAUGCAAAUGCUCGCGACAGGAAUCAGCGUCGAUUAGGAGAUGCAGCCAAAAAAGCAAUUGGCAAGCUAAACACUAGAACAGUAAAGAAAGGAGAUAAGGAAACAGACCCUGAUUUUAACCACUGUGCUGUCUGCAUUGAAGGCUACAAGAUGAAUGAUGUGGUUCGUAUUCUUCCAUGCAAACACGUGUUCCAUAAGGUGUGUGUAGAUCCCUGGCUAAAUGAACACUGUACCUGCCCAAUGUGCAAGCUUAAUAUUCUUAAGGCACUUGGAAUUACACCUAAUUUACCUUGUGUGGAUAAUGUUGCUUUUGAUAUGGAAAGACUAACUAGAGGUCCAACAGCUAAUCAAAGAUCAUCUCUUGGAGAGCACACCAGUGAUAGCUCAAUCAGCCUGGAACCACUGAGACAUUCAGGAAUGUCACAGAUUCACUCAGAUGCCGAACUAACACCUCGCUCCGGAGAGAUCAACAUUGCUGUCACUAGUGGAAAUUUCUUUACUCGCAGCUCUCUGUCCCCUCGCAAUGUGGUCUGUGAGAUUGAACUCCCAGAUAUGCAGCCCUCCUUGGAUCGCUAUGAUGAAAACAAGUCGUGAGGCCUUUCUCUGUCACAUUUUACAGUUUUUUGUGUGGUUUGGAGCAUAAUAAUUGCAGACAUUUUUUUAAAUCGGUGUUAAUGCGCAGACAGCACACACAUAAACUAAAGUCACCGAAUGUACUGGAAAAAUAUUGCUUUUCUUGAAAUGUUUAUCAGAUUUUUUUGGCACUUAGAAAUGUACAGCGUUUUCAUCUUUUUUUUUUUUUUUUUUUUUUAAAUUGCUGCUGCUGUUAUUCUUAGUGGAAUAACUUGACCUAAUACCUGUUUUAACAAAUGGACUAAUAGAACAGAAGUAAAUCAAGAAGGGGACCUGCAUUUGAAAAAGGGGCAAGAGAGAAAGAGAGUUUUUUGUUUUCCUUUUUUCAGACAUACUGUAGAGUGUUCAUAUUGCCAUGAAUUUAUCAUGCAUACAUGAUUCCCAUACUGUUUGUAUCAGUGUAGCAGGACCAAAACUGUGUGCACAGAAAACAUCUUUUGGAUUUUUUUUUGUGAUAUUUUUAACAAACUAUAAUGGAUUGAAUGGAAUGAUUAAAAGGAUAUUUGGAUAUUUUACCUUUAUUGGGGGAAAAAAUGACCAAGGCCUCAGUAAAGUGUUAUUAGCUAGCCCUCUAUUUUGAGGCACAGUGUUCAGUAGGGUUUCAUUUCAUGUGCCAGGAUAGGCCAGCCUAGGCUAGACUAAUGUGAAAAAUGGAACAGUAUUUGUUAAGCGAUAGGUCAGUAUUUAUUUUGCAAAACAUAUUUUUAUUAAUAAGUAAAAAUGUACUAUUUAAUUUUAAUCCAUAUACUAUUGAGUAUUAAAAUGUGCAUGUAUGCUAAACCAAAUCCAAUCCACUGAAAAGGAUGGUUUGGUAAGGUUUGAUUUAGUUGGAUCUAGAAGUACAACUACAAUGGAAUUUUCCUAAAUUUUGUUAUAUUCCUUCAUUGUUGUGUUUCUGUGGUGUUACCUUCUUUUGAACUUAUAAGGUUUUAACUUGUAAGAUUCCAAGUAAUAUUAAAUGGAAUAUCUUUCCAAGCUACUUUAUUUUUAGCAUUAAUAAACUAAGAGAUACAGUGAGUCAGGUCAGGGUUCCUCCUAGUAGGCAUUGACAGAAAAGUAUCAAAAGUGUCCUUUUUAUACUCUGUAAUGUCCAUAUUAGAAUAUAGUUGCCUUAAGCUGUAAUAACUCUGUUAUUUGCUCUCUCUAUGGGUCUGAGAAAUUAUCAUGGACUUUGCUUUGUGUUUGAUAUUUUAAAUUACAGAGUCAAACAUGUUCUAAAUGAGUGGUAAUAAUAUGAAUGGUAACUCUUGUCAUAUUUCCAAAAUGUGUUUCAUUUAUGGAGUCAACAUAUUUUUGUUGUAAAAAAUAAUUUUGACUCUGAGGCAUAAACUCAAAUUAAAACAUUUAACUUGAAUGGUUGAAACUAUAUUUUCAACAAAUCUCUUACAAAAGAAUUCCUAUGCCCAAAUGCUUCCAUUUGCUUUAUUUAACUUGCACAUCUUUGAAUUAAUUUUGAAUUCUAUAAUUAGUGUACAGUGUUCCUUUAUAUCUCAAGAUAUUACUUAAUUUUUAAGUGACCUUGGAGUUUAAUAAGGGCAAAUGUAUUCCAGAGGUCACUACAAAGAUAUUGCAUAACAAGAACAGCAUAAAGCUUAAAAAAAAGUAAUGUAUACAACAGUCUGUUCAUGUUUGUGUUUGUAUAUACAUUUUUUUUAUCCCCAUGAUCUCGUUUAAGUUGCUGUGUACCUUUGUUGGUAUUUUGCCUUGCCUUUUUAAUGGGCUCAUGCUAAUGAUUAAAAAUACACCUUUUAAUGACCACAUUUGAGGAACAUAUGAAGUGUCUUCAGAUUUUGAUUGAAUUCUCAACAUCAGAGCCUUCUCACAAAUACAGUUCUUUUAUAUUUUUAUACAAAUCAUGGAAUCUUAUUUGCUCAAAAAUUCACCGUAACAAGCAGGUCUAUAUCAGUUGUUUCUAAGUUCAGUGCUGAGGGAACCCCGUGGCUGCAAGCUUUUGUUCCACCUAGUUUGACAAUUAUUUAGGUAGGUGUUGUUAGGAUUGGUGGCUCUGAGCUAAGGAUGUGUGCUGGUAUUUGGAACGUUGCCAGUUCAAAUCUCAUUACUGCCAGGAGGGAUCCUACUCCAUUGGGCCCACGAGAAAGGCCCUUAUUCUGAAAAUUGCUCCAGGGACUCUGUACAAUGACUGGCCAUGCACUCUGACCUCCAAAGGUCAUUCAAUAAGACAGUUUCCCCUUGGGGAUUAAUAUAGUGUACCAAAUACUAAAAUUCUACCUGUAAUUGAUCACAUUGUUUAAUUACAUAAUUUCUUUUAAAUCUGCAUUUGAAAAAGUUAAGUAAUGUUAGAUUUCCAUUCAUAAGAAAUUUAUAAAUAUUUGUAUAUUUCACCUUCAAGAUUUGUCUCUAAGCAUUACUCUUGAAGAUGACACCCUUUCACCAUCAGUCAUUUUUUUAGGAAUCUUGGUGUGACUCUGAAUUCCUCAGUUUUAUUCAUCAAAUAUUUUUCUUCAAUAAACCAAUUGUGUUGUUUCUUUGUUCAUAAUAUUCCUCACUAUUUAUGCCAUGCAACUCCUUCUUCAGGCAUUGGCUCUCUCUCGACUGGACUAUUGACACUAUCUCCUGAUGGGGCUUCCUUCAACUGCUGUCAGACCUCUCCAGUUUCUCCAGAAUGCAGCUGCUCAACAGGUGUUCUCUGUUCCUCUUUCCACUCCUAAUACUCCUCUGCUCCAAUCUGUCAACUGACUUCCUAUUGCUGCAAAUCUCUGAAUGGUUCUGCUCCUUCGUAUCUACAGUCAUUUGUCUCUCCACAUGUCCCUUCAAGAAGUGUCUUUUCUGCCUCUCUCUGUUUGCUGAUCAUCUCUCCUCUUGCCAGAUGUUUCAGUACUGGACAAUACCUAUCUGUUCUUGUUCCAAAGCUGUGGAAUGAUCUGCCUUUGUCUACACGUCUGCAUCCAGUUUGUUCAUGUUUAAGUGGCUUCUACUGUUAUUGUACUGACAAAGGGUAUAGGAAAAUGAUUUUUGACUUGACUAUGACAAAAAUAGAAAUAUUUCAAAGUUUUAUAGGAAUAUAAAUCUCACAUUACUACUCUUCUUUAAGGGAAGGAGAAGGAGAAAAUAAUGGAAAAUGUUAAAGCUAAUUAAAGUGAAAGUGACUUGCUGAUAAUGAAACUGUGUGGAACAAAAACCUGCAGGCACAGAAAUCCACCCAGACUGAACUUGGAAGCCAAUGUUCUGUAUAAAUCCAGAACAAUUCAAUUUGGUCCUUGCAGGUCCUUGAAUUAAUAGCUUAAUUAGAAGUCAGUACUUGCCAGUAACAGAACCUAUUUAAUUUUAUGUCCUCUUAAUAUUUUUCAUUCUGCCAUAUCCCGUCAUUCAUAAUAUUUUAGGAUUUUUCUUUUCAAAAAUAUUAUACAAAUGAGUUGUGGGCUUGAGCAGAUUAGUAGUUAUCAAUUUUUUUUCUCUUCCAUUUCUUUCCAAAUAUUUUAUUAGAUCAGAGACCUUAUGAUGAACACAUACAAGUGUAAAUGGGACCAAGUUAGGUGAUCGGCUGCUGAACACUUUGUGUUUUGUAUCCCAUUGUUAAUUGGCAGAUGGUUAAAAAAACAGAAACCAUUAAAACAGUUAGUAAAACUCUUUAAGGUUAAAGGAAGUGAUCAAGGGUUGUGAAUCUGAAUAUGUGAGUUAAUAAAAUAAAGCACAAAUAUCUUGAUUGAACAUUAAUUGCUUUAGCAGCAAUAAGCUCCUUCUAAUUAGGAAAUUGAUUUAGAACAAAAACCUGCAGACACUGCUACCCAAAAGGACCAAACUUCAGCACCCCAAUGUACAGUAAAUGGUAUAAAUAAUUGUUUUAAAAUCUGAGAUUAUACUUUUGUGAAUAUCUUUGUUUUUAAUUUUUCCAUCCUAAUGCAUGCUUCAAAAUGUAAUGUUUUAUGAUGUAUAUUUCUGACUACUGAAUACUUCAUAAUUGCUCCAUUUAAAUACCUUUAAAAAGGACUUAUUUAGCAUGAGGAAACCCUAAUAUUUAAUGUGUCCUUAUUAAACCUCGUUUUCCUUC